AUGGAAGACUUCGACUUUAUCGUCGUCGGUGAUGGCCCAUCUGCCGUGACCAUUGCCCAACGUCUGGCGUCGUCGUCGAGCCGGCCCAGCGUCCUCCAUCUUCAAGCCUGGCAUGCCCAACGCCCGGAUGGCACUGCGCCCGCCGUCGAUCCAUGCUCCUGGUCCCAGCCGUUGAUGUCGACACCUCAGGCGCACCUCGGCGGCCGGGCGUUGUCGCUGGCCGCUGGACAUGCGCUCGGUGGCGCCUCGACGUCGGACGCCUACCUCGAUGCGUGGGCUGAAAGCGUCGGCGAUGCCUCGUACCGUGCCAGUGGCCAAGGUGCUCGAUCCGAGCCCCAACACGUCUUCGCUGGUCAUACGAAGCCCCCCAAUUUGACUGUCGACUGCCUGUCACAACCAGACAGGAUCAUCUUCGAUGGGAAGAAGGCCACUGGUAUCUCGACCAGCAACGGAACAGUCCAUGCCUCGAAGGAGAUUCUUUUAUGUGCAGGUGCGCUGCGUACACCUCAGCUUCUGCUUCUCUCCGGCAUUGGGCCGAGAGACCACCUCGCUGCACUCGGAAUCCCACUCGUUUGCGCCCUCCCUAUCGGCAAGGCUCUCAAAGACAGUCUCAUGAUCCCUGUGCUGUGGGAAGUUGGCCCGGCUUUCACCGACUCUGCAGAUUGGCUUUUUGACCCCGAGACGAUGCGAGCACACAUUCGGCAGUUUCUCAACCUCGAGACGAACCUGGGAAAAGACCACCCCAGCCUUCUUCCCAUUGUCUCAGGUCAGUCGGAUGCUGUUCUGGAUUCGAAGGAUAUACCGACGCUGUCCCCGCGCUCGCAAGACUUGAUCAGGCAUCCAGCAACCUCGCAUUGGGAAUUUUGUGUCUUGCCAACCGGUGGCUCACCCAACUCAGGUCGGCGACUGCUCCAAAUCAAUGCCUAUCCACAAGUCGUCUGCUCUACGGGUUCCCUUCAGCUGGCGUCCAAAGACGCCGCAGACCCUCCGCUCGUCGACCCGAACUAUCUCUCACAGGCCAUCGACCGUCAGAAUGCCGUUGAUGCUGUACGCAUGGUGACCCGGUUCUUUGCCGUUCUGGCGUCCCUCUCGAACGACAUCCUCGGUCCCCACAGCGCACCUGCCAGCGACGACGAAGCCGAUGUGCUCGCGUUCAUCAAAGAGUCUGCCGCGACGGCGCGUCAUUACUCUGGCGCCACGCCCAUGAGGACACGUCAGGACGAACAAGCCUGCGUCGACGCCGACUUUUGUGUUCUGGGAGUCGAGGGGUUGAGAGUGACUGAUCUCAGUGUGACACCUCUCCUACCUGUGAUCUGCUCUCAAAUUACGCCAAACAUUCUCGGGUCGAUCCUCGCUGAAAAAUUAAUCCAGAAACAUAGCCUCGAGUGA